AUUCUCACAUGUGCUGUAGGUUAUUCGUUACAUGUCCGCACGUCUGACACGUUUGAUUAACUCACAAGGAUGGCCGAUGAGAAGUCUGUGGUGCAAGAAUUCAAAUUGGAUCAAGACUGCGAACUAAGGUUCGAAGUGGAGAGUAAGAAUGAAAAAGUCACGUUGGAGCUGAAGAAUGGCCUGGCGGAAGUCUUUGGCACCGAACUGGUGAAGGGUAAGAAGUAUGAAUUCAGCGCCGGUGCGAAGGUUGCUGUUUACACAUGGCAAGGCUGCACCGUCGAGCUGGUCGGCAAGACGGAUGUCAGCUAUGUGGCGAAGGAAACACCAAUGGGUCUGUACUUGAAUUGCCACGCAGCUAUGGAACGGAUGAGAGAGACGGCUGAGAAGGACGACACCAGAGGUCCCAUCACGAUGGUUGUGGGCCCAUGCGACGUAGGAAAGUCCACGCUCUGCAGGAUACUGCUGAAUUACGCCGUUCGAAUGGGCAGAAGGCCGAUCUUCGUUGAUCUCGAUGUCGGUCAGGGACACAUAGCGAUUCCGGGUACGGUGGGUGCUUUAUUAGUGGAGCGGCCAUCGAACAUAGUGGAGGGAUUCAGCCAACAAGCUCCAUUGGUCUUCCACUUCGGGCACAAAUGUCCGCAGGCUAACGUGACGUUGUACAAUUUGCUGGUAACCCGAUUGGCGGAGGUCUGUUCGGACCGGCUGCAGGCCAACAAAAAGGCCCGCGUGUCGGGAAUUGUGAUAAACACUUGCGGCUGGGUGAAGGGAGACGGAUACAAGUUGCUCACGCACGCGGCACAGGCGUUCGAGGUGGACGCGAUUCUGGUGUUGGACCAAGAGAGGCUUUACAACGAACUGGUGAGAGACAUGCCGGUCUUCGUGAAGGUGGUUUUCCUGCCGAAGAGCGGCGGCGUAGUUGAGCGGAGCCAGGCGCAAAGAACCGAGGCGAGGGACCAAGGUGUGAGGGAAUACUUCUACGGCUCGCGCACCCCGUUGUAUCCGCACAGUUUCGAGGUGAAAUGGAGCGAAGCCAGACUCUACAAGAUAGGAGCACCCGUUCUGCCCGCCUCUUGCAUGCCGUUGGGCAUGAAGGCGGAGGACAAUCUGACAAAAUUGGUGGCGGUCACGGCGGGCCCCAGUUUACUGCAUCACUUGUUGUCCGUCUCAUUUGCGGACUCCCCCGAGGACGACGUCGUGCAAACCAACGUGGCUGGAUUUGUUUGCGUGACCAAUGUCGAUGUUGAGAGGCAAACGUUCACAGUGCUCAGCCCACAGCCAAGACCACUGCCGAAUACAGUCCUGUUGUUGUCGGACAUACAGUUUAUGGAUAGCCAUUAAUCGGUCCUGUUGUGCGACAAAACAAGCAACGAAGUGAAAUACUUUUUAUACACUAUUACAGAUCGUUGGGCAUAAGUAAGAAGAUUCGGUCCUGUACAUAUACCAAUAUUUUCUAAAUAUUUAUAAAUAAACGCGCCGAAAAGUU